AUGGGUUCCCCCGGACUGACGGCUGAGGAAUUCGCCAAGAUGCCGUUCGACUUCCUCAUUGUCGGCGGCGGCACGGCGGGCCUGGCUGUCGCUGCCCGGCUGUCGGAGCUCCCACAGCUCACAGUCGGUGUCCUGGAAGUCGGGGAGCAGGCGUUUGGUGACGGCUCCGUCGACUUGCCCGGUGUCGCCGGCGUGGCGCUUGGCACCGCUCUGGACUGGCAGUUCCACACGGUCCCGCAAACCGGCCUGGACGGCCGCACAGUUCCGUGGGCGCGCGGCAAGGUCCUCGGUGGCUCCAGCGCUUUAAACUACAUGACGUGGAACCGCGCUGCACGGCAGGACUACGACGACUGGCGCGAGCUGGGAAACCCCGGGUGGGGCUGGGACGACCUUCUGCCCUUCUUCAAGAAGAGCGAGACCUUCCACGAGCCGAGCGAGGCCACAAGGAAAGUCACUCGUGUUGGCGUCCACAACGGCUGUGUCGGACGGGACGGUCCCGUCCAAGUGUCGUAUCCCAGCGAGUUUACAGCGUCCCACGCACUAUGGCACCGUACCUUGGAGGCGGUCGGCGUGAAGACCAACGACAGCCACCUUGCGGGCAGCAACAUUGGAUGCUGGACAAGCCUCGUUUCGGUCGAUCCCCGGAACGUCGUUCGAUCAUAUGCUGCGAGGGCGUAUUACAAGCCCAACGCAGCUCGGCCGAACUUGUUGGUCUUGGCAAGGGCCGAGGUCCGAGAGGUCCUGCUAGCCAAAAGGAAUGAUGCUGCCGGCAGCAGUUGGAAGGCCGAGGGCGUCCGGUUUAUCCAUGACGGAGCCCAGUUCAUGGCUUUGGCUUCGCGCGAGGUCAUCAUCUCUGCCGGCUCGGUCCAGUCGCCCCAGAUUCUCGAACUGUCGGGCAUCGGCAGUAGUGCCGUUCUUUCGGCUGCUGGGAUUCCCGUCAAAGUGGACAACCCCAACGUCGGCGAGAACCUCCAGGACCAUCUCACGACAACAAUUGUCUUCGAAGUCGAUUCAAGUCUGCGUAACCCCGACGACCUGAAGGUUCACGCGGCCUUCGCUGCCGCGCGUGAAGAAUAUGCCCGCACCCGAACCGGCGCCUUGACGAUCCUGCCCGUCUCCAUCGCCUACGUGGCAGCGGCCCACUUUGUCCCAGCCAAGGCACUCGACACCAUCGUCUCCUCCUUCCCCGCCAUAGCCACCUCUACUUCAGCAGACAAAGCCGACGUCCCGAACACAGAACGCGACGUUCUCCUCCGCCGCCGGUUCACGUCCCGGUCUCAUGAGCUCGGCCACGUCGAGUUCAUCUUCGACCUCGGCAACUGGGGCAUCGGCUGCCCUUCGGAGCUCUUGUCCCCCGCAAAAAAGUACGCCAGCAUGCUGCAGAUCCUGCAAUACCCCUUCUCGCGUGGCAGCGUGCACAUCCGUCCGCCACCACCACCACUCUCCGACUCUGGUGCUGCUGCUGGUGCCGGUGACCGUGCCGGAGGUGACUAUCUGCGCUCCCGCCUGUCCAUCGAUCCUCAAUAUUUCGCCGGGCCCCACGGCGCGCUCGACCUCGAGCUUGCGCUCCACGCGCACCGCUUCGCCGCCAAGAUCUGUGCCACCCCGCCGCUCGCUUCCAUUCUCCGCGCCCAAGUGUGGCCGCCGCCGGAGGAUAGCCCACCAAGUGACGCUGAAGCACUACGGUCCUGGCUCCGCCGCGUCGCGACAACAGACUGGCACCCCGUCGGCACGUGCGCGAUGGGCGGGAGGGGCGGCGCCCGCACGGGGGUCGUGGACGCGCGGCUUCGCGUGUACGGCGUCGAGGGCUUGCGCGUGGCCGACGCGAGCGUGAUGCCUCUUCAGAUUGGCGCGCACCUACAGGCGACGGUGUACGCGAUCGCCGAGAAGGCGGCCGCUAUGAUUCUGGAGGAUCACGGGCUGAUAUGA